AUGUCAACCAGACUCGCCGCUAAGAAGGAAGACGAAAAAGUUUUGACCCAACUCGUAAGAGAAGCCAAAAAGGACAGAACUAUCAACUUUAAUCAAAAUCUCUUCUUCUAUCUUGUAGCAUUAGUUUCCACUAUUUUACCAUCAUAUCUUUUCCAAGGAGUUUUGAAUUUGGAAUUCACUGGAGGUACUAUUUUACUCUUCCUCAUCGUCUCUUGUGUUUCUGCUUAUUUCCUUUCUAAAGCUUAUGUUUUCAAUUAUUUGCGUAAGAAGCCAAUUUUGACUGAUAACUAUGAAAAGAUUGUUACCAAUGCUAAGGGUUCAUUCAACAAGAAGGAUAAGGAAGAAGCUUAUGCCAAGAAGGAUAAGUUGGCUGAAUUAGGAGCUACUGGUCACGCUUUGUUCAUUUCUAACAUUAUCUUCUUCGCUUUGGUUUUGUUCUUCUCUUUCUAUUCCUUGAAGAGAAUUGAUGUCCGUAUCAACUAUGUUGCUUCAUUGUUGUUGUCUUCAUUUGGUGUGAACUACAUCUCCAAGCCAAGAUCUGCUUAA